ACAUCGUAUUCGAGAAAUGGCAGAUAAACUCAAGUUAAAAAAUGUGGCUCCUGAUGAUAGCAGUGAAGAUGAAAAUGUUGUUGAAAGUGAAUUGGACCUUCGUUUGGAGAAAUUAAAAUUGGGUCCUAAAAAGAAACUUCUUGUGCUUUGCCUUGGCGGAUUACUGGUGCACAGAGUGCACGUUAGGGAUAGUCACACUGUUCGUGGAUUGAAAGCUGAUGUCGCCUACAAUAAACUUCUAGUUUUCAAGAGGCCUUUUUGUACUGACUUCAUAAAAUUUUGCUUCGAACGAUUUGAGGUGGGCGUAUGGUCGUCUGCUAGAAACCGUAAUAUUGAUGCUGCUUUGAGCUGUGUCACUGGACCUGGAAUGAGAAGCAAGUUAGCUUUUGUAUGGGGUCAAGAUGAACGCACAGAAUCUGGAUUUUACUGCCUAAGGAAGGAGGAGAAGCCUCUAUUUCUGAAGGAAUUGAAGGAUCUCUGGGAGAAGAAAUACCAUAGUCUUCCUUUCGAUAAAUUAAUUGUCAUUGAAGUUAUUUUCUUAUUCUUCUGUUACAUGCAGACCGAUACAGCAAUAUUUCCCCAACCGUACAAAAAGCACGACGUCAAAGAUACAUUUUUAGGUCCGAACGGUGAAUUACGAGGCUUUUUGGAAGGACUUGCUGACGCCGAUGAUGUUCGUACUUAUGUGAAAGAGCAUCGAAUUGGACAGUCUCCUAUAACACCAUCACAUCCCGACUGGAAUUACUAUUCGAAGAUCGUUCGCCAUUUUGGCAAGGAAGAAGAGAGUGCUGAAAGUGCUAGUAAAUGAGAUCAAAUCUAUAUAAAGAAGUUGCUAAUGAAGACAAUAUCAAA